GCUCACUACAAGAGAUGCAUGGUCAACGUUCAUGCUGGACUUAGUGAGGUUGAGGCUCUGGAAGUGGGUGCUACUUUUCAGCAACACCAAAGUCUGUUAAGAGAUGAAGUUCCAGACCUUGAAGGAAAGGUGAAGAUGUGUCGUAGGCUUUUAUUCACAUUGCACGACUUAGAUGAAGAUUUGGAUGAACCACCGUCUACUGUCAAAGAUGAUUGGAGGAAGCAGGCUGCUGCUGCUCUUGGUUGCAUGUCAUCACCAUCUGUUGAUGGAAGGAAGCCGCUGGAACCAUUAUUUCAGCUCGCUCUUUACAGCAGACGCUGUUACUCCAAGUUAACAAGGCUGUUUGCGAUUCAUUUGGAGAACACGGGGAAACCAAUGAAGAUAUCUAUGUUCUUACAGCUGCAAGGAAUGAAGGAAAGUGAGCGUUUCAACCUCUUGUCGAGACUGGUGGCUGGAGAGCUGCAGCCGAAAGAAAUAAAGGGGGAGGCCCUUAAGAUAAAGCGUAUGGCACUACUCCGACAAACGAUGAAGACACUUACUAAAUCAAAAACCUGGGAAGAGUGUGUGGAGCACUAUCCAGUGCAUACUCAAGACUCAGCACUAGAGCAGUUUCUUGGAAAGGACAUGAGGAAGUCAGUUCCACAGGAGUUUGUGGAUUACAUCCGAGAGGCGGAGGAGACUAUGGCAGGAGAUUGUACAAGUUUAGAAGAGCUACAGACGAGUCCUGUCGUUCUGACUGUAAUCGAAGCAAAAUCAACAAAGAGAUUCAAACAACACGUAAAGGUGAGAGGAGCAACACGUCAACUUGCAGCAUUGACCAACAAUAUUACAACCGCUGCUGAGUGGAUCUCACAUAUGAGAAGAAGUGGUUUUAGGAUAAUUUCAGAAUCAGUUGUUGUAAACGAUUCAAAUGCUCGGCAUUUGAUUGUAGGGGGAGGACAACAGGAUGUGCCUGGUCUCCCAAAGGUUAUACAGGAGAGUUCAUGUUACCGAAUACUCCUGGAGACCUACACCAAACCACAGGAUGAAGUUGUAUGUUUCGUCCAAAAUACAGGUACUUUUGAGGAGGAAGCAAAAUCAAUGGAGAGAGUGUCGAGGAGGCUCUGUUGGUUCCUUGGAGACUCAAGUCGAGAAGAAUCCCUUCCUUCAAGUUCUAGUUCAGAUGACUAUGAAUUUAUUGAAUAAUUAUAACUACCAGGUAGUCAGGGGCGAGUUUUCGCUUGUCAUGCAUGCUCAUUGUUUUGAAAGUUAGCAUGAUUUUACAGACAUUUGACCAUUGAUUCUUUAAACCAUGAAAAACAUAAUUAGCCUCAAAUUAGGUGUAGAAUCCAAGGUUUUUGAGAAGCUUCUGUCCAUACUUUUAAUAGCGGUCAAUUUCAUUUUCAGGCACUAGUCUUAUGAAGACACAUCUUAACAACCAGUUUAGAUGCUCAGGAAUGCUUUUUAUGGGACAAUGACAUGAAUUCAGACCAUUCCAGUUACAUGUAUUUUCAUGCAUUAGAAAAAACUUGUUAUGUGUAUAUGUUUGCAUGUAUUUAUCCUUUUAUUACCAAAGUAUGAGAUAGGUUUAUAUCUUGUAGCAUACCAUUGAGAUAAAUUUAUAUCUUGUAGCGUACCCAUGUGAUAAAUUUAUAUCUUGUAGCGAACACAUGGGAUAAAUUUAUUUCUUGUAGUGUACCCAUGAGAUAAAUUUAUAUCUUGUAUCAUUCCCACAAGUAGAUUUAUAUCUUGUAUCAUUCCAACUAGAUAAAUUUAUACCUUGUAGUGUACCCAUGAGAUAAAUUUAUAUCUUGUAGUGUACCCAUGAGAUAAAUUCAUAUCUUGUAUCAUUCCCACUAGAUAAAUUUAUAUCUUGUAUCAUUCCCACUAGAUAAAUUUAUAUCUUGUCGUGUACCCAUGAUAUAAAUUUAUAUCUUGUAGCGGUACACAUGGGAUAAAUUUAUAUCUUGUAUCAUUCCCACUAGAUAAAUUUAUAUCUUGUAGCGUACCCACUAGAUAAAUUUAUAUCUUGUAGCGUACACAUGGGAUAAAUUUAUAUCUUGUAGUGUACACAUGGGAUAAAUUUAUAUCUUGUAUCAUUCCCACUAGAUAAAUUUAUAUCUUGUAUCAUACCCACGAGAUAAAUUUAUAUCUUGUAUCAUUCCCACUAGAUAAAUUUAUAUCUUGUAUCAUUCCAACUAGAUAAAUUUAUAUCUUGUAUCAUUCCCACUAGAUAAAUUUAUAUCUUGUAUCAUUCCCACUAGAUAAA